UCAUUUAAUAAUCAGACAGGAGAGAAUCCCGGUCUCUGUGUCUCUUGUCUGAUAGUCAAUCACAAAAGGAUUUAACUCCUUGACCAGAAACUGUACUCAGCUGUUUCCACAGACCAUUUUCCUCAGCUCGGACUGAUCUGUUAAGAUGUACCGUGGACUAGUGUUACUGUUCUUGGUUUUGGUGCUGGAAACCCGAUGGAGUGAAUCGAGCUGUCAGCAGUCAGAAUCUCAAAGAUCAGAUUCAAACGAGAUUCCAAGUUUGCGGCUGUCGGCUCAUAACUUGCUGAAGAGGUAUAAUGACAUUGAUUAUGACAGUUUCGUCGGAUUAAUGGGUCGCAGAAACGCCGACACGGAUGAUUUCCCACCCCAACGUAAAAGGGAAAUGCACGAUAUCUUUGUUGGACUCAUGGGUAGACGAAGCGCUGACCCUGAAACUGGGCGUCCGUUGAGGAAAGACUAUCCAGAAACAAGCGGAGGAGGCAUCUUCUUCAACAAAUGCAAACUGAGGUUUCGUCGUGGGUUAUAGGCAAAUGGAUUAUUUCAUAUCCAGUUAAUCGUCUGUACCACCAUGUCAUGACAGCUUCUUUUCAAGACAUUUCUUUGGAGCAAAACAAUUUAUUUUACAAAAGUGAUAGAGCAAAAUAAAUUAUUUAUAUAAAAUGAAUAAAAUAAACAUGAUUUCCUAUGGUGUGAUUUGUUUCAGUGUACUGCAAAUAAUACAUUUAUCAUUAUAAAUUCUCAAAUUUAAUUCUCCACUUACAUCCCAUGCCUUUCAAUUUAUUUUAUUGUUAUUUUUGCUGUUUAAUGUAUAAAACAUGAUUUUUGUAAAUAAAAAUACUACCUAUCUGAUCUGACAAUGUUUUAUUACUUAAACGUUCAAUAACGCAUAAAAUGUAGCGA